CUUCCUGGGCCUGCUCGGUGCUCGGCCGUCCGCCCUGCGUUGCCGCUGCGCACUGCUCUUGAUUCCGCCGUCAUGUCGACCGCAAUGAACUUCGGGACCAAAAGCUUCCAGCCGCGGCCACCAGACAAAGGAAGCUUCCCGUUGGACCACUUCGGUGAAUGUAAAAGCUUUAAAGAAAAAUUCAUGAAGUGUCUCCGCGACAAGAAUUUUGAAAAUGCAUUGUGCAGAAAUGAAUCUAAAGAGUAUUUAAUGUGCAGGAUGCAAAGGCAGCUGAUGGCCCCAGAGCCACUGGAGAAGCUGGGCUUCAGAGAUGUGAUGGACGAGAAGCCGGAGACCAAGGACAAAUGCUGAGGAGAAAACGACAGGGCCGGCUCCCCAGCUGCCUAAAGCAGAUCUGAACCCUCUGCCCACAGAGCCGGGAGACCCGAGGCUCACCUGUGCUGCUCAGUGGAGGGAGUCCUCAAGGGGACUGGAGAACACCCCAAAAUGCUUCCUCAGCUGUCCUCAGUUUCCCUUCAGACAGUGGUCUUAUUCUUCCCACUGUGUGUGUCACAGGAUCCCCUCAGGGCCGAACUCGGAUGUGAUAUCCUGCCCAGUGUGGCCAUCACACCACAGAGCCCGGGACACUUUCCACAAUGACUCAGCCUGUCGCAGACUGAGUCUUCAUACUAGAACCUAUCAGUGAAACCAUGUGACGGCAGAAUGUCCACCCUUCGUGCUCACAGACGCACGCACGCCAGCUCGUUUCCCUUUGUUCUUUUCUUUUCUUUGAACCAAACUGGAAUACAAAGUAGGAAGUGGGAAA